AUGCAACUGAGGAUCCACACAGUGGUGGGCUACAACAACGAAAUCGUCAUCACAACCAGCAAUCAAAAGUUGGGUAUCAACCUGAGUCACGUCGGACCACCCACCAGCACCAGUGAAACGGGGAUAGUGACGUCACCGCCAUCGCCGGAGCCCAGCGUUCAAUCCCCACCACCACCACACCCAUCUGUACGCGCCAUGGUCAAAAAUCAGCAACACAUCGAUCGUGAAACAGCGCUCGUGGUCGGCGGAAUCGCGAUAUCUCUAUAUCUGUCUGUCCCUGUCAACGUGAGAGUGGAUCAAAUCCUGGACAACACCCUUCUGUUUCCAACCAUAACAAUAUGUAAUAACAAUAUCGUGAGGAGUUCACUGCUCGAGCAUCUUGGAUGGAGCGAUGUGUUACAAGUGACGUAUCCAUAUACUGAUUUCAAUGAACAGUUACCAAACGUAAACCUAAGUCAGUUGGACAUCUCCAAGAUUUUCAAUCUACAAGUAUCAGCGAACAGCACUUACGGACACAUCAUGGAAACCAGUAUCAUUAAGUGUGCGUGGGAGUCAGCGCCAUGUGGAAAAGACGACUUUGUCUACCUGGAAACUGAUAUGGGGAAAUGUUUCAUGUAUAACGGUAAUGGUUCCCUGCUUGCUCGGAAUUCCGGACGUGCCCAUGGUCUGCGCCUCUUGCUUAAUGUCCAGGACGAGGAAUAUUCUCGGAGUCAUGAUGGAUAUCUUGGGACAGGGUUUAUGGUGGCUGUUCACGCUCCGGAGGUGAUCCCAAUCAUGUCUGCUAUGGGAAUGGCGGUAGCUCCCGGCUCACAGCAAUUUGUAGGUAUAGGAGUGAAGGAGGUAACAGCACAUGAAGGUGUAGGCGGCUGUGGAGACAGGCUUCUGAAGUAUGUCACUGGAAACUAUUCCCGGGAUGCAUGCAAAAGGGAGUGUGAGAUAGAUUUCAUCGUCAGCAUGUGCAACUGCAAGACCUUUACAAACAAAAGCCUCGAUGUAGCAGUUUGCACCGCCAAACAGUUCCAAGAAUGUUAUGUCCCUGCUAAAGCUAAAUAUCUGCAGAUAGACACUGGCUGUGAAGCUGGAUGUCCUGAGCCGUGCAGCUACACCAGCUUCACCACUCAACACUCCAGUUCCCCACUGACCAGGAACUACAUUACUGCGUACACCAAGGCCAAGGGUAAGACUGAAGAGUACUGGAGGAGGAAUCUGGUUAUUCUGGAGAUGUAUCUAAACUCUAUGACCUACGAACACAUGGAAAAACAGGUGGGGUAUGAGAUCCUGGAUCUGUUCUGUGACAUCGGUGGAGCACUGGGUCUGUUGCUUGGUGCCAGCCUGCUGACAGUGUUAGAAGUGAUCCAGGUUUCCAUAAUCAGUGUAAUCCAUGAUCAUUAUUUGACAAUGUGA